GUUAAGACGGGGUUAAACCUCCGGCGUGCGCAGAAAGACCGCGCUCCGGUGCCGGAGGUCUCGCCAUCACAAGUGUCAGUACUGAGGUUGACUCGAGCCAAGCAACGCGUGCGCCCUGGAAAGCUUCUACUGGGGUAUCUUACAAGAGGAUUUCCCCUCCCUAUUAAAUCUCGAGUAGCGCGAAGAAGUGUUGUGUUCUGUGGAUGAUAAUGGGAUGAUUUUUUUUCAAAGCCACUGAGCCAUCAGAUUUUUUUUUUUUCAGCGCCGGAUUUCACUGUUUUGGAAUGUGUUUGAUGCGCAUUAACCUUUUCUUUUCGACAUCUCUUCCUCUGGGCUUGCCUACACACUUACUGCCAUUGGAUUAUGUGGAUUCUUUUUUUUAAUUUUAUUUUACAUUUUUUUCUACCGUCUGAUUCAACGACCAGUUUAAUAACCAAAAUGCUUGAAUGAUGAAAAUCUUUUGAGAUGAAAAGCAGCACUUUGGGGGAUCAUUUUUUGCUUGUGCGCGGCUCGUGCCCAAUCUCGCGCCUCGGCACCCUGUUGUCCGUUCCCGAGCAGAAACGCACAACUUUACCGCGAGCUGGAGCGAGAGAGGGGGCUGCAGUUGGUCUGAGCGGCGCACGAGGGCCACAGGCGGGGGCCCAGGAGGGGAGAGAGCGGAGCGGCCCCGGUGUUCGGUUGCUGCGCGGUUGGACUGGGCAUUCGGCGCAAUUGUGGAGUGGAGAUGAUGAGGUCGGUGGUGAGGAUGAUGAUGAUGAAUGGCCCGGCAGCUCGACCAGGCACCGGGGUCUCGCCACCAACAUGUUUACUGCUGUGCGCUCUCGUCUUUCUCCCGCCGUGCGCUCUCUCGCACCCGCAGCCGUGCCAGGUGCUCAAACGAAUCGGUCACACGGUUCGCGUAGGGGCUCUGAAUGUUCAGCCUCGUUUGCUGUCCGCUGCUGCUGGCAGCGGUUCUGAGGACUGGGACGCCGAUGGAGCUCCUAAGGGAGAGCAGCAUCUGGAGUUGGAUAAGCAGGUGAAAACAAGUGCCAGUGCGCCCGGAUAUGGAAGUCUCAGGGCUAGAGUCGCGGUGAACAGCCAGCGGGGCGCGAACAGGAGUAAAAGCCAGGCGCGACAAAGAGAGGAGAACACCUCGAGGGACAACCGAGUGUUUGCACCCCGAGACUCGGUCCUGCUCGCGGCCGAGGCUCUUAACCGGGCCGGAGUGCUACCCUACAAUUUGUCCCUGGAGCUUGUCAUGGCAGUUGGAUCGGCUCUGGGAGAGCUGCCCGCGUUUUCCUUCUCGUCUACGAGCGUCCCCGAGAACGAGGACCCGCUGUCCUUCGUGGAGAGCGUGUGUCACACAGUGGUCGUGCAGGGGGUCUCCGCCAUGAUCGCCUUUCCGCGUAACCGGGACGAGCUUGUCAAGUUGGAAUUCGUCUCUCUUGCGCUUCGGGUGCCUGUAGUCAGCGUUGUGCAGAAGGAGUUCUCCCGUCACAGUCAGAAUCCACUUCAUUUGCAAAUGGCGAUGCGGUCGGUGGAGGCGCCCCCAUCACAUCUACUAUACUACCUGCUGAUGAUGAAUGGCUGGUGGGACAUCAGCGUUCUGCUGUGCCAGGAAUGGAACAUUAGCGACUUCGUUCUCCUCAUCAAGAACAACACCCGCUUCCACCUGGGCACUAUUGUCAACUUGACAGCAAUCGCCUCAACCUCACCCCCUUCCUCCUCUUCACUGUUAUCUUCAGCAGCAGCGUCAGGAAUCCCGAUGGGAGCGGAGACCCCAUCAUCCUUGUCUUCCUCCCCCUAUUUAUCCUCCGUUGCCUCAUCUUCGACUUCAUCCACGUCCUCGUCCAAAUCAGACCAGCAGCAGGCCCUUAUACGGCAGCUGGAGGCCCUGAGAGAACCUUCAACCACAACAGGAGUGGUGACAUUUGGAUGCGACAUCCGCGAGGUGCGCCGUUUAUGGACUCUGGCCUCUCGAAUGGCGCUCCCAGAGUUUCACUGGGUCUUGGGGGACAGUCAGAAUGUGGCAGAGCUGAGAACCGAGGGGUUACCCCUAGGGCUUCUGGCCCAUGGGGUCAUGGGGUCGCCUUCUCUGGAUCACUAUGUACACGACUCGUUGGAGCUGGUGGCGCGUGCAGUGGGCAGUGCAGCCCGGGAGAAUCCUGCUCUGGCACUCAUACCCGGGACUACGAACUGUAUGGAUGUACAACAAAGCAAUGGCAGCUCGGGGGAAUAUUUGGCAAGAUUUCUGUCCAACACAUCAUUCGAGGGCCAGAGUGGCUUUAUAUCCAGAGAAAGUCACAGCCAGAAUGUCAUGUCAGAAGCUCAUCACUACAUCUGGUCCCUCCAGCUGGACCCCCUAGGCCAGCCAACCUGGACCCGUCUGGGACGCUGGCGCAGGGGGAGAGUCAUGAUGGACCAGGGGGCCUGGCCAAACCAUCCGGGUCCUGGAGGCGGAGGUGACUGGCGCCGACCCGCGCGGUUGCACAUGCGGGUGGUGACGCUGGUGGAGCACCCGUUUGUAUUUACCCGUGAGGUAGAUGGGGAUGGACUGUGCCCUGCUGGCCAGCUGUGUCUGGACCCACUCACCAAUGAAACUUCAGUUUUAAAAGGACUUUUCCAGAACCUCGCCGGACCCAACGGAUCUGUUUCCACAGACCUGAAGAAAUGUUGUUAUGGUUACUGCAUGGACCUGUUGGAGAAGCUGGCAGAGGACAUGGGCUUCACAUAUGACCUCUAUAUUGUUGGAGACGGGAAGUAUGGGGGCCUUAAGAAUGGUCGCUGGACAGGAUUGGUGGGUGAUUUGCUCAGUGGUGCCGCCCACCUGGCCGUGACCUCUUUUAGCAUCAAUUCAGCCAGAAGCCAAGUCAUUGACUUCACUUCACCUUUCUUCUCCACCAGUCUGGGGAUCCUGGUUCGUACUCGCGACACAGCUGCACCCAUUGGGGCCUUCAUGUGGCCUCUCCACUGGUCCAUGUGGCUCGGCAUCUUUGUCUCCCUCCAUGUCACCGCCGUCUUCCUCACCCUGUAUGAGUGGCACAGCCCGUUUGGCAUGACGCCGCGUGGACGCAACCGCGAACGAGUGUUCUCUUUCUCCUCAGCGCUCAACGUCUGCUACGCGAUUCUCUUUGGGAGAACGGUGGCCAUCAAGCCCCCCAAGUGCUGGACCGGGCGUCUGCUGAUGAACCUUUGGGCCAUCUUCUGUCUCUUCUGUCUGUCCACCUACACCGCCAACCUGGCCGCUGUCAUGGUCGGAGAGAAGACCUAUGAACAAUUGUCAGGGAUUCAUGAUCCAAAGCUCCACCAUCCCUCUCAGGGAUUCCGAUUUGCUACAGUGAGAGAAAGCAGCGCAGAGGACUACGUCAAGAAGAGUUUCCCUGAGAUGCAUGAGUACAUGAGGAGAUACAAUGUCCCAGCAACACCAGAUGGCAUAGAUAAUCUCAAGGCUGACCCUCAGAAACUGGACGCAUUCAUCAUGGACAAAGCUCUGCUGGACUAUGAGGUCUCCAUAGAUGCAGACUGCAAAACACUGACUGUUGGAAAACCUUUUGCAAUAGAAGGCUACGGCAUUGGCCUCCCUCAAAACUCUCCACUCACCUCCAACUUCUCAGAGCUUGUUAGCCAGUACAAGUCAGAUGGCUUCAUGGACAUGCUGCAUGACAAAUGGUACAAGGUUGUGCCCUGCGGAAAGCGCAGCUUUGCUGUGACUGAGACUCUGCAGAUGGGUAUAAAGCAUUUCUCGGGCCUGUUUGUGAUGCUGUGUGUGGGCGUGGCCUUGUCUCUGCUGACCACAAUAGCAGAGCACAUUGUGUACAAGCUGGUGAUCCCGAGGGUCAAGGAGCCACGCUUCAGAUACUGGCUGCACACAAGCCAGAGGUUACACCGGGCCCUCAACUCAGUCUUCACUGAGGACAAACUAACGACUGUUGCCAAGCCCGAAAAGAGGUGCAAUGAGGGAAACAACCAGUCGGCCUCUUGGAAUCCUACAGAGUCCUCCCACAGCAACAGGCGAAGGGUCCUUCCACAAGAAAUGCAAAACGACCUGGAACGCCUAUCCUCCCAGGAUUUUCCACCUCCACCUCCCCCUUCUCCUCUCCCUCAUCCACUUCCCCUUCCUCUGCUGGAGAAACACCCACCCAUAGUGACCACCUCCAAUGGUCGUUCUGACUUGUUGGGGAGGGUCCUGGGCCAAGGACUGGGGCCAGGGCAGGGGGGAUCCGGGCAGGCCGUAACACAGUGUCGAGGUUUGGGAAUGGGCGACUGCGGUCCAGGACUGGGUGUUGGACGGAACCCGUUGGUUCAGGAGCUGUCGGAACUGGAGGGUCAAAUCGUUGCAAUCAAGCAGCAGCUGCAGUCGGCCAUGAGAAGGAAGAGAGAGCUAGAACAGUACCAAUCAGAAAACCAGCAAGCGAAACAGACUGCACCCAGUCAGCCCAGUACGCACCAGUCUAACCAGUUUGCUCAGUAUACCCAGUCCCACCAGCAGACUAACCUACACACAAACACACUCCCAGAGUUCUGAACCUCGUCUCCUCUGUAUUGUCCAGAGAAACCUGGUUAUCCAUAGGACUAGUUUCCAACGUGUCCUCUGGCUCCUGGAAAAGGAUCCUUGUCCGAGUUCUGGAGUUUAAUCCUCACACAGAGUAGAAGGGUCCUCCUUUAGGCUCGAGAGUUGUCCUGAAAGCUGGCCUGUAAUGUUCUCCAGGGAUCAGAUCCUGCUCUGUACCUCCAAGUAGGACAUUUUCUGUCUUCUGGAACGUGAGAUUUGAUCCGACGAGAGCCGCUGGAUGAGGACGAACCAGGGACCUUAAACCAAAUCUGUUUUGAGACCUUCUCUAGCUUGUCACUGAAGAGAUGUGCAAACCCCUUCUUCUCGACCUUGCCUCUGCAAUUUUCUGUUUUUUUUUUUUUUUUACAUUCCUUUUCUGCAUACUGCCUCCUUGUCCCUCUCAUAUCUUCUGUCUAAGCCUCAUCUUUUCAAGGGUACAGAUUUGCUUGCUGCAAUGAUAAGCUUGAUCACAGAAAUGAGGACUCUUUGGUAUUUAAGCUUAAUGGACUAAUUCACCUGAGUGUGUUAAGACUCAUUGAGAGUGGAGAUGACCUGAGGUUGAACCCAACCAGUUAAGUCUUGAUGUCCUCAUGUCUUGCAGAAACCUUGUAUCUCUCAGACAUAUAGCGGAAAGAAAGAAAAAAAAACACACACCACUGCUGGCAAUUUUUUGAUAUUACCAGUGAUGUUUCUGGCCUUUGACAGUGCUUUUACUUUGGCUAAGGGCAUUUUUUCUUGUUAUAGAUCUUUUGAGAGUUGUUGAAGCUGCUGUUACGUGAAAUGGAAAGAAAAAAAAAAGAAGAUAAAGCUUUCACAAGACACCUUUACAUUCACAGAGAACACCUGGUUGGCAUCUAGUGGUGGAUUAGAGGGCAAUACACAAUAUUGUGAUUCACCGUGUCAUUAUGUCUCACAGUUCACUGAUGCACUCAUAGUUUCUUAAAGAAAGUUGCACCUUCAAGUCAUGAUUUAACUUGUCAGAGUUUGAGUUACGGUCUGUAACGUUUUUUUUUUUCACGCAUCAACACUCAUUUAAAAUAAAUCGGAGAGUCUUCAGUCUUUCAGUCAGGGACCCAAUAUUGAACCUUUUGUUUUUUUCUCAGCUUCUUGGUGCUCUCGUAGUAUUGUGAUACAACAAACACAGGAAAGCCAAUCAGUUCUUAAAAGGUCAUUGUUAAAAAGUAAACAUGAACACAGACCACCGGUCUAACUCUGACAUCUUAUUUCUCUCUCUGACUCUUAUUUAAUGUGAUGCACAUUCACAAGUGAACGCACCAAAAAACAGUUCCCCUGUGAUUCCCUGUUAUCUUGCAUCGUUUCUGGUUGGGUUUGGACAUGUUAUGUUAUUAAAAUGUACCUCACUACUUUGCAUUCUA